AUGAAAGUUAACGCCUUACUUAUAUUGGCAUUUGCUUUGGAGGUUUCAGCGUUCCAGUGGCCCUGGGAAAAUGAUUCAUCCUCGUCAACAUCACUUAGUGCUUCAAGUACAACUACAGGAGGAUUCAAGUGGCCCUGGGAACAAGACUCUUCCUCGACAUCUUUAUCUUCUUCAUCCAUCCCUUCUUCCUCUUCUCUGCUGAGCACAUCUGACUCCGGUCUUAACUUUCAUUGGCCAUGGGAAGACAAAUCUACCACCACCUCACUACAAAGUGCGACAACAUCUGGAUCUCCGGAUUCAGUCACUUCGGAGCUUGAUGACGGUCAGGCGUACGCUCCAAAAGCAACAGAAUGUCCCGACGGUGAUGUUGUUCGCGAGGCCAAGGAGCUUCAUGAGAAGGAGAAGGAAUAUAUUCAAAAGAGACAAGAGAUCACCAACGAGAAAUUGGCCAAGUUUCUCAAAGAUGUGGCCCAGCUCUCCGACUUCGAUGCCCAAAGUUUCAUCGACGACAAUAAGGAAACCCAUAACAUUACCAUUGGUUUAGCUUACAGUGGUGGUGGAUUCCGAGCCAUGCUCAAUGGGGCUGGCCAGAUGCUUGCAUUGGAUGAUAGAUAUGAUGGGCUGUCACUGAAAGGACUUGGAGGUUUGUUGCAGAGCGCUUCUUAUCUUUCGGGGCUCUCAGGAGGCAGUUGGUUGGUAGGGUCUUUGGUUUUGAACGACUGGAUCACUGUUUCCGAGGCAAUUCUGGGCAAGAGUGGGAUCUGGGAGUUGGAUAAUCUGAUUUUCAGCAAUCCCGUUGGAAACAACAUCACUGAUCUUGUCAAGUAUUUCUACAGUGUUGGAGAGUCUGUAGACACCAAAGAAGAUUCUGGCUUUGAAACCUCCAUCACCGAUGUUUGGGGAAGAGCACUUUCAUGGCUGUUUUUUAAUGAUGAAUCCACCUACCAAAGAGGAGAGAAUGUCACAUGGUCCAGUAUCAGAGAGUUGUCCAACUUUGUCAACCAUUCCAUGCCAUACCCCAUUGUGGUCGCAGGCAGCCGUAAUCCUGGUACAAUCAUUGUGAAUGAAAACUCUACUGUCUUUGAAAUAACUCCCUAUGAACUCGGAUCCUGGGAUCCUAGUCUCAGAAGUUUUGUUGAUUUGAACUACAUGGGUACCAGUCUUGAUGGAGGCAAACCCAAUGCCAGCCAGUGUGUAACUAAUUUCGACAAUGCUGGGUUCAUUCUCGGCACGCUGUCUUCUCUAUUCAACCAGGUGUUUGUCAAGUUGGAAACUAAUUCAGAGAUCAACUUUGCGAUUAAGCGAGUACUCAACCUUGCCUUAUCCAAGUACUCUGAUGAAGACGAGGAUAUUGCUACCUACGAACCUAACCCGUUUUACAAUGUGGAGUAUGGUGAUGAUAAAAAUCUCAAAGGGGAUGGUGCCUUGCACUUGGUAGAUGGAGGAGAAGACUCACAGAAUAUUCCAUUAUACCCAUUGAUCCAAACAAAGCGUGGAAUGGAUGUAAUUUUCGCUUACGACAACUCAGCAGAUCUCGACAGCAACUUACCUAAUGGAACAUCCUUGGUAUACACUUUCCAAAGACAAUUCUCAGAGCAGGGCCGUGGAACACCAUUCCCAUAUGUUCCUCCUGUUAGCGAGUUUCUUCACGAGGGUCUCACCGAUGGGCCCGUAUUCUUUGGCUGCGAUGCUUCCAACCUAACUGACUUGGUCAAGUACCACAAUUCGGACUUGAACGAAACUGACGUUCCUUUGAUCAUAUACAUGCCCAACCAGGUGUAUCUGUAUGAAGGCAACCAGUCGACGUACAAGAUGAGUUAUGAUGAAAAAGAGAUCCAUGGCAUCAUUGAGAAUGGAUUUGCAGUGUCCUCACGUGGAAACUACUCUGACGACAGUCAAUGGCCUACAUGUGUUGGAUGUGCUAUCAUCAGAAGACAGCAGGAGAGACUUGGGCAGGAGCAGUCUGACGAAUGCAAGAAGUGUUUCCAGAACUAUUGUUGGACUGGAGGCAUUGAGGAUACGCCUCAGGAAUCGUUUGGUCCCUACAACACGGAUGGACUCACAGCUCUGAUGAGCAGCUACUCAUCCAGUCAAGCAAGCAGAUCAAAGUCGAGCUCAGUUUCAGGCUCUAAAUCACUGUCAGGUUCAGCUUCUCGGUCAUUGUCAGAGUCUGACUCAACUUCUAGACUGUCAGCUGAAACUUCCCCCACAUCCACUUCAGAGUCCACCAAUGGAUCUAAUGCUAACACUGUGGCAGCAGAGUCUACUCAAUUUAGCCCAACUUCACUUUUCACAUCAUCCACUGGAGUCAUUGAAUCAAGAAGUUUAUCUGCUACUACAACAUACUCUGCUAAUGGGCUAGGCACUAAAACCACCUGGAGUGGACUUCUUUUGUUGUUGAGUGUGAUUUCACUCUUUUAA